CAUUCAGCCUCCAUGCUACUAAACAUACUUUACCUGGAUAAGGUCUUCUUUGCGGGCCUUUGCAACCCAUAUGACAGACUUGGGGACCACCAGAUUUAUGCGGAGGCAAUAUACGACAUUGUAAAGCAUUGCCCGUACAUCACGGGGUUGCGUAUGAUUCUGGGUUAUCCGCAAAGGCCGGAGGAACUGGAGUAUUUGCGUGCCAGACGCUUAGCUGUGCCUCGUGGAUCUACCAUUUUACCCCGCAGUCUGAAGGUCUUCCCCCUCAGAAACGAGACCGAAACACUGGGAAGAACUGUCAUGCCUCUUGUGAAGGUGUUGACUUUGGAGGCACAGAGUGUCGCUACAACUAUUAGGAAUUCUAGUGCAAGUCUCCGUGAUUUGAAGUUGGAAAAUACCGCGCUGAUGUUAGAUUUCCUUUGCCCCCUCAACAAAGAAGGGCAGCCUACUCUUCCCGUCGUGUACUGGCCACACUUGGAGACUAUAUCAUUACACAACGUCACUUGCUGGACUGAUGAAGGGAACUGGCUCACUUUUCCAACCGAAGAAGCUCAAGCUCGGAUCGCUACUGUACAGCAAUGGGAACAAGGCCAUGAUCAUCCAGACGAUAGUCAUCCAUCACAGCCUGUCAUUGAAAUCGAGCAUUUUCAUCGAUUGUUCAUCUCUAUGGGCCUAGCAGUCCAACAUAUGCCCCGCCUAUCAUCCAUCUACUUCCACCCUGGUGCGGAGACCGAGUUGACUUUUGAAUUCCGAGUCGUCCCCGGCAGGUACGCAAUUGCCACCUGGUCCUCCAGACCAACUUAUCGACCGGACCACAAAGUCGCCGAUGCAUGGGGUUUCAGCGAGGAGGGCCAGAGACAUGCAAAGCUCGGGGUGGUGGUAUAUUCCGUACGGUUUAUGGCCCACAUGGUGUGA